UCGGGACUGAGGAACUGGUUCGGAAUAUGCCGGAACCCGGCGCCGGGCGACGCUGGGUCACGUGACCAACGGCCCCGUCACGUGCGUCAACGUGAUGUUCUGGCGACUGGCCGAGCGGCCCCGCCACCUUCGUCACCUGUGCAGCCACCUGUGCAGUCGUGGGGCCGACAUGGAUCUGGGGCCGAUGCGCAAGAGUUACCGCGGGGACCGAGAGGCAUUUGAGGAGGCUCAGCUGGCCUCUCUGGACCCCCUGAAGCAGUUUGCUGCCUGGUUCGAAGAGGCUGUUGCGUGUCCUGACAUUGGGGAAGCCAACGCCAUGUGUCUGGCUACCUGUACCAGAGAUGGGAAGCCCUCCGCCCGCAUGGUGCUGCUGAAGGGCUUUGACCAGGAUGGCUUCCGCUUCUUCACUAACUUCGAGAGCCGAAAGGGGAAAGAGCUGGACUCUAAUCCCUUUGCUUCCCUUGUCUUCUACUGGGAGCCCCUGAACCGUCAGGUGCGUGUGGAGGGCCCUGUGAAGAAGCUGCCAGAGGAGGAGGCCGCGUGCUACUUCCACUCCCGCCCCAAGAGCAGCCAGGUCGGGGCUGUGGUCAGUCACCAGAGUUCCGUCAUCCCUGAUCGGGAGUAUCUGAGAAAGAAAAACGAGGAAUUGGAGAAGCUGUACCAGGAACAAGAGGUGCCGAAGCCAAAAUACUGGGGUGGCUACAUCCUGUGCCCACAGGUGGUGGAAUUCUGGCAAGGCCAAACCAACCGCCUGCACGACCGGAUCGUCUUUCGGCGGAGCCUCCCGACAGGAGACUCCCCUUUGGGGCCCAUGACCCGCCGCGGGGAGGGAGACUGGCUCUACGAGAGGCUUGCUCCCUGACUCCCGGGCCGCGGUGCCCACGGGAGCGAGGACCAGGUGCUGAGAGAGGGUGUGGGGUUGUGAGUCGGGCCCUUCUAAGGGCCACCAUUUCCCUCCCCACUCCUUACGUGUAGGGGUCUUCAGAGUUCAUCCUUUCAGUACCUCUAUGUGGUUGGCUCCCAGUGAGCUCUAGUGGAGUGUAAUGGUGGCAUAGAGAAUCACAAAUGGAAAGUCAUCUCAUUAUUUUCUUGAUUUUGACAGUAGUUUACUGGAACGGCUCCCUCUAGAGGGAGCAGCUGCUGUAAAUCCCUCUUCAGGUGACACAGGGUGCGUCCCCAGCAGCCCUGUCUUUUUACCACUGUGACUGAGUCCUGCUGGCCAAAGCUGUUGGUCCCAGCAUGAGCACCUGAGUCAAUCUCGCCCAUCGGCUUUUCUUGUCAACUGUUGGAAAUUGGACACGGAGAGACCCAGAGCGCGCUCACUGUAGCCGCGUCGUUAGUGGCAGCCAAGGAGCCACGGCCUCUGGCUGCUGCUCUUGCAAUUCCCUGAGAGGCCCUGGCGCCCUCCUUCCCCGCCUGGGCUGUGUGGUUCCUCCUCCUGCCUCACACACCCACUGUCUCUACAAAGAAGUGUUUUUUUGACAUAAACUCGCAGAAUAAAUUGCUGUUGAUUGCAAAUAAAAGAACCCUAACUCACUUGUUUAUUAACAGAUACUCUUACAGCAUUUACCCUGCUGAUAGCUGCCUUCCAUGAUCUGGAGCACAGCAGUGUGGGGAAAGAUUGAAUUGAUUCUCUGUAGCUCCAAAGGACCCAUCGGUGGAUAUUCCACAGAAAUAGAUUUCACUUCAAUAUGGGGAGAGAUUGCCGGGGGAGGGGUGGUGAGCAUUAGGUAGUGAGUAUGCUCUCACUGGAAGCAUUCAAUCCCGGUCAGGAGUUUUGUAGAAAGGAUUCAUGUGCUGGUACCUAAUAAAUGAAGCUUUAUUUUCUAGGUUGGUUUAUAAACAGUAUUUAUUUAUUUUAUUUAUUUUCCAGGCAUGAAAUUAAAUUAUUAUAGAGAUUCUGCCUUUCUGACAACUCACACACCCCCUUCCCUACUCCUCACCUCUCCACGUCACUGGUUUUCACCCACAUUGGGAUUACCGGGGCAGGGAGGGGGUGCUUUAAAAAUCCUGAUGAUGCCUAGAUCCUCCCCUUAGAGAUGACUUCACGGGUCUGAGGCAUUGGGAAAUUUAAAGGCUCCCCAGGGAACUUUGUGAAGCCAAGGUUCCGAGCCCCUGGGCUGGACCCUUGUGUGGGCCUCGGGACGGCAGGCAGCAUUGGCACCACUUGGGAGCCCUCCCCAGACCCACUGAGUUUCCGCCUGCAUUUAACGGGACCCCCACCCACCCCUGGUGACAGUGCACUGGCCUCAACCCCUGAACCUCCUGCCCCUCACCCUCACCAUCGGAUCUCCGGGAGCCCUCGGCUGAGGCCUGUGCGGAACUGUGUUUGCUUUCCUCGGGCACAAGUCUGGUGACCAGGGUCAGCCUGGAUGAGUGGCCUGCAGGCUGUGGAGAGGAGCCAGGCUGGGUAAAUGUUUGCUGUGACUCAGCCGGGAAGCGAGGACGGACUAUUGUUUGUGCACAGUGGCAUUGAACCUGCCACUCUGCACACGGCUUCAUUCACUGUACGGGCCUGUGCUUCAGCGCCUGCGAGUGACCCCCCUCCCCCAAGGGCCUCUCUCUUGAUGUUGAUCCCCCCUCAAGCCCGAGCACACCCUUUCUGAGACCUACAGCAGAGGGCGCUGGGGACCCUUCCCUUGUCCUGUUUGUGUUUCUGGGAGCUGUGUCUCCCCAGCUUUGAGCCUGGUCUCAGCAGUUCUCUUCUCUGUCCGGCAAUCACUUUGCCAGAUCUCUAAUAAAAGCUCAUUAGAUGUG